UAAAAAUGGCACAUUUCUUUAAUAUUUUAAGCAAGAUUAUUUUUUUUAUUUUCAUCUUUUACAGUUUCAAAAUAACAAAAAAAGGAAAAGGGCCCGAAACAAAUGUUUGGGCACCCUACAUGGUCAGUACUUAGUAACACCUCCUUUGGCAAGUAUCACAGCUUGUAAACGCUUUCUGUAGCCAGCUAAGAAUCUUUCAGUUCUUGCUUGGGGGAUUUUCACCCAUUCUUCCUUGUAAAAGGCUUCUAGUUCUGUGAGAUUCUUGGGCCAUCUUGCAUGCACUAUUGUUCUGAGGUCUAUCCACAGAUUUUUGAUGAUGUUUAGGUCAGGAGAAUGUGAGGGCCAUGGCAAAACCUUCAGCUUGCACCUCUUGAGGUAGUCCAUUGUGGAUUUUGAGGUGUGUUUAGGAUCAUUAUCCUGUUGUAGAAGCCAUCCUCUUUUCAUCUCCAGCUUUCUUUUUAAACAGAUGGUGUGAUGUUUGCUUCCAGAAUUUGCUGGUAUUUAAUUGAAUUAAUUCUUCCCUCUCCCAGUGAAAUGUUCCCCAUGCCACUGGCUGCAACUCAAGCCCAAAACUUGAUCAAUCCACCCUCAUGCUUAACAGUUGGAGAGGUGUUCUUUUCAUGAAAUUCUGCACCCCUUUUCCUCCAAAGAUAACUUUGCUCAUUGUGGCCAAAAAGUUCUAUUUUAACUUCAUCAGUCCACAGGACUUAUUUCCAAAAUGCAUCAGGCUUGUUUAGAUGUUACUUUGCAAACUUCUGACACUGAAUUUUGUGGUGAGGAUGCAGGAAAGGUUUUCUUCUGAUGACACUUCCAUGAAGGUCAUAUUUAUUCAGGUGUUGCUGCACAGUAGAAUAGUGCACCACCACUCCAGAGUCUGCUAAACCUUCCUGAAGGUCUUUCAUAGUUAAACGGGAGUUUUGAUUUGCCUUUCUAGCAAUCCUACGAGCAGUUCUCUCGGAAAGUUUUCUUGGUCUUCCAGACCUCAACUUGACCUCCGCCAUUCCUGUUAACUGCCAUUCUUAAUUACAUUAUGAACUGAGGAAAUGGCUACCCGAAAAUGCUUUGCUAUCUUCUUAUAGCCUUCUCCUGCUUUGUGGGCAUCAUUUAUUUUAAUUUUCAGAGUGCUAGGCAGCUGCUUAGAGGAGCCCAUGGUUACUGAUUGUUGGGACAAGGUUUGAGGAGUCAGGGUAUCUAUAAAGCUUUGAAAUUUGCAUCACCUGGCCUUUCCUAAUGAUAAUUAUAAACAAGCCAUAGCCCUAACAAGCUAUUUAAGGUCUGAGAUCUUGGUAAAAGUUAUCUGAGAGCUCAAAUCUCUUGGGGUGCCCAAACGUUUGCAUGGUGCUCCUUUCCUUUUUUUCACUCUAAAAUUGUACAAAACAAAAAUAAUACACUAAUCUUGCUUAAAAUGUUGAAAAGAAUGUUUCAUCUUUAACUUCAUGACUUUUGGAGAUCAGUUCGUCCUCUACUCACUUAAUUAUUCACAGUAACAGAAAUUUUGACCAGGGGUGCCCAAACUUCUGCAUGCAACUGUACAUUGAAAAAAAAUUGUAAACUUGUAAGUAUAAACUUGUAUGAACUUUCUCUAUAUUAUUAAAAUACUAACAUGCAUUGUUUUAAAGCCCCUAACCAUUAACUACUACAUUAAGCAGUGGAUUAGAGUAUGGAGUCAUAGAGCACAAAAACAGUUUUGCCUGCCCUGCCACAUCAAUGCUGUUAAUUAUUUAUCUAUAUGAAUCCGAUUUACCAACAUGUGAUCUGUGCCCUUUUAGGCCUUGGCAUGCCUAUGCUUAUCUAGUGACUGACCAAAUCCUAAACCCAUUCUUCUGCUUUGAGGAAAUAUUUGCUGCCAUCCACCCCAUCAAAGUCCAAUAAAAUUUAAUUCACAUGAAAUUUCUUGUUUUGUUUUGUGUUCUUUCGAUAUAAAUUUCCACCUAAACCUGGUGUUUAAAUGUGUCAAUUUUUAUCUUGAACAUGCUCUUCGAUUCUGCCUCAACUCUCUUUGAGGCGGAGACUUUCAAAAUCCUUCAGCCUGUGAAAAAUUAAUUUCAGUCCAGAAUAGAUCGCCUCUUAUUUUAAACAGUAACUCCUUGUUCUAAGUCCUUAACUAGGGGAAACAUCCUCCCCAAGUCUAGCCCAUGGAACUUUCUAAGAAUUUUGUACAUUCCAAUGAAAUCACCUUUCAUUCUUCCAAAUUCUAGUGAACAAAGAAGUAGUUUACUUGAUCUCUCAUCCUAUGACAUCCCAGAAACAAGUCUGUUGAAUCUUCGCUACAAGUAUAUCUGUUGCAAGUAUAUCCAUUUUAAGGAUCCUAAAUUCCUCUGCUUGGUGAAAACCGAGAGGUUAACCCGUGUGAAACGCGACAGAUGCUGGUAAGUGCCAGAAGGCAACUGAAGGGAAAUGUUACAAAAGCACUGAUGUGAUUAAAGGCGGCGUGAGAGCAGACAGAAACUUGAAAAGUGAAUCAUUUUCGCUGGAAUCGAGGGGAAAGGACGAAGUAUCGUUUCGUCAUACAUGAAGGUAAUUAUUCGUCUUAUGGCUGAGGCCGGCUAUUACACUAUCCAGCGGAAUGGUGACCGAGAAAGGGAAAAGCGAGAAAACAGUUUUCAAAAACCAGACGCCUCACAAAAAGCGCCAGUUUGACGCUUGAGGGCGACAGCGGCUAUUUGCGACGCUCCCUGAUCGGGGAGGAAGGAGCCGACACUGCGCCUCCGCCGCAGCUGCAUUACGUGCCCGAGAGACCGGGGCCGGCCGCAGGAUCGGACGCUGUUUCGGCCUCCUACUAUUUAUCCAAUCCCUGGGACCCUACUGUCAGGAGGGCUGCGGCGAGCUCCAGGCCGAGGAUAAGACCGCAGUUGGUCUGGACUCCGAGAGCCGUGACUUUCUUAUCUGCCAGUCCCUUUAACUCGAGAGAAGAACACUGGGAAUUACAUAUUGAAGCGGCCUCAGCAUGGCCGAUGUGGACCCCGAUACGUUGUUAGAAUGGCUGCAGAUGGGCCAGGGCGACGAAAGGGACAUGCAGCUGAUAGCAUUGGAACAGCUGUGUAUGCUCCUUCUUAUGUCCGAUAACGUGGACCGUUGUUUUGAAACGUGUCCACCUCGUACUUUUCUACCAGCUCUAUGCAAAAUUUUUCUGGAUGAAAGUGCUCCUGAUAAUGUAUUGGAAGUGACAGCCCGUGCCAUUACAUACUACUUGGAUGUGUCUGCUGAGUGCACACGAAGGAUUGUUGGAGUGGAUGGAGCAAUUAAAGCACUUUGUAAUCGUUUGGUUGUAGUUGAGCUCAAUAAUAGGACAAGUAGAGAUCUAGCUGAACAAUGUGUAAAGGUACUUGAACUUAUAUGUACUCGAGAGUCUGGAGCAGUAUUUGAAGCAGGAGGCUUAAAUUGUGUGUUAACCUUUAUCCGGGAUAGUGGCCAUCUUGUGCAUAAAGACACACUACAUUCUGCAAUGGCUGUAGUCUCCAGACUUUGUGGAAAAAUGGAGCCUCAGGAUUCAUCACUUGAAACUUGUGUGGAGUCCUUAUCUAGUCUAUUGAAACAUGAAGAUCCACAAGUGUCAGAUGGAGCUUUGCGUUGCUUUGCUUCGUUGGCAGAUCGAUUUACUCGGCGUGGAGUUGAUCCGGCUCCUUUGGCAAAACAUGGAUUGACUGAAGAACUUCUUUCUCGUAUGGCAGCUGCAGGUGGUUUAGUGGCAGGAGGGUCCUCAUCUGCUUGCAAGCCAGGCCGUUCUUCUACAGGAGCAACUCCUAAUGCAGCUGAUUCUAAACUUAGUAACCAAGUAUCAACAAUUGUUAGUCUACUUUCAACACUUUGCAGAGGCUCUCCUGUUGUGACACAUGAUUUAUUGAGAUCUGUACUACCUGAUUCGAUAGAAAGUGCACUACAAGGUGAUGAAAGAUGUGUGCUUGACACGAUGCGAUUGGUGGAUCUACUUCUGGUAUUACUUUUUGAAGGACGUAAAGCUUUGCCAAAGUCUAGUGCUGGUUCCACGAGUAGGAUCCCUGGCCUCAGGAGGCUGGACAGUUCUGGAGAGCGUUCUCAUCGUCAGCUUAUUGAUUGCAUUCGUAGUAAAGACACUGAUGCAUUAAUAGAUGCCAUUGAUACUGGAGCUUUUGAAGUGAACUUUAUGGAUGACGUGGGUCAAACCCUUCUGAAUUGGGCUUCAGCUUUUGGAACUCAAGAAAUGGUGGAAUUUCUGUGUGAGAGAGGUGCUGAUGUCAACAGGGGUCAGAGAUCCUCAUCUUUGCAUUAUGCAGCUUGUUUCGGAAGGCCACAAGUUGCAAAGACUCUGUUAAGACAUGGAGCAAAUCCAGAUCUCCGUGAUGAAGAUGGUAAAACCCCUCUGGAUAAGGCACGGGAGAGAGGUCACAGUGAGGUUGUGGCCAUAUUACAGUCUCCAGGAGACUGGAUGUGUCCUGUAAAUAAAGGAGAGGAUAAGAAAAAGAAAGAUGCUAACAGAGAGGAUGAAGAUGGAAAUGAACCAAAAGGAGAUCCUGAAAUGGCCCCACUAUACUUGAAAAGAUUGUUGCCUGUUUUUGCACAGACAUUUCAGCAGACAAUGUUACCAUCCAUCAGGAAAGCAAGUCUUGCUCUUGUUCGAAAGAUGGUACAUUAUUGUUCUGAGGCACUUCUGAAGGAAGUGUGUGAUUCAGAUGCUGGCCACAACUUGCCUACAGUUUUGGUGGAAAUUACAGCCACAGUCCUGGAUCAAGAGGAUGAUGAUGAUGGCCAUUUACUAGCUCUGCAGAUCAUUAGAGAUCUUGUAGAUAAAGGAGGUGACCUAUUUCUGGAUCAACUUGCAAGGCUUGGGGUAAUCAAUAAAGUAUCCACUUUGGCUGGACCAUCUUCAGAUGAUGAGAAUGAAGAGGACUGCAAGCCUGAUAAGGAUGAUGAGCCUCAAGAAGAUGCUAAAGAAAUUCAGCAGGGUAGGCCAUACCAUUGGAGGGAUUGGUCUAUCAUUCGUGGAAGAGAUUGCUUAUACAUCUGGAGUGAUGCAGCAGCCUUGGAGUUGUCAAAUGGGAGUAAUGGAUGGUUUCGAUUCAUUUUGGAUGGGAAAUUAGCUACAAUGUAUUCUAGUGGAAGCCCAGAAGGUGGCUCUGACAGUUCAGAAAGCAGAAGUGAGUUCUUGGAAAAGUUGCAACGAGCUCGAAGUCAAGUCAAACCAGCAACCAGCAGCCAACCCAUUCUCACUGCACCAGGGCCAACAAAGCUCACAGUAGGCAACUGGUCUCUCACUUGUUUGAAAGAAGGAGAAAUUGCAAUACACAAUUCUGAUGGUCAGCAGGCUACUAUAUUGAAAGAAGAUCUCCCUGGAUUUGUGUUUGAGUCAAAUCGUGGGACAAAACAUUCAUUUACUGCAGAGACAUCACUCGGAUCAGAAUUUGUUGCUGGCUGGACUGGCAAAAGAGGAAGAAAGUUGAAAUCGAAGCUGGAGAAAACUAAACAAAAGGUGCGAACCAUGGCCAGAGACUUGUAUGAUGAUCAUUUUAAGGCCGUGGAAAGUAUGCCUCGAGGAGUGGUAGUCACACUGCGAAAUAUUGCAACACAGCUUGAGUCUGCCUGGGAACUUCAUGCAAACAGACAGGGUGUAGAUGGGGAGGCUACAUGGAGAGAUUUAAUGAAAACUGCUUUGGAGAACUUGAUUGUAUUACUAAAGGAUGAAAACACAAUUUCACCUUAUGAGAUGUGCAGUAGUGGCCUGGUACAGGCACUUCUUACUGUUCUCAAUAAUAAUGUGGACUUAGAAGUGAAACAAGAUUGUAGUCAACUAAUUGAACGAAUAAAUGUCUUCAAAACUGCAUUCAGUGAAAAUGAAGAUGAGGAAAGUCGCCCAGCUGUUGCCCUUGUUCGAAAGCUGAUAGCAGUGCUGGAAUCAAUUGAGAGGCUUCCUCUUCAUCUGUAUGAUAGCCCUGGCUCUUCAUAUAACUUGCAGAUACUUACAAGAAGACUACGAUUUAGAUUAGAACGAGCUCCUGGGGAGACAGCUUUGAUAGACAGAACUGGGAGAAUGCUCAAGAUGGAACCUUUGGCCACUGUUGAAUCUUUGGAGCAGUAUCUUCUUAAAAUGGUGGCAAAACAGUGGUACGACUUUGACAGAUCAACUUUUGUAUUUGUGCGUAAAUUACGUGAAGGACAAACGUUCAUUUUCAGACAUCAGCAUAAUUUUGAUGAAAAUGGGAUAAUAUACUGGAUUGGGACAAAUGCAAAAACAGCAUAUGAGUGGGUGAAUCCUGCAGCUUAUGGAUUGGUGGUUGUGACAUCUUCAGAGGGUAGGAAUUUGCCAUAUGGACGUUUGGAAGACAUUUUGAGUCGUGACAGCUCAGCACUUAAUUGCCACACAAAUGAUGAUAAGAAUGCUUGGUUUGCCAUUGACCUUGGGCUAUGGGUGAUCCCUUCAGCCUACACACUGCGACAUGCUCGUGGUUAUGGUCGAUCUGCUCUGAGGAAUUGGGUUUUUCAAGUGUCCAAAGAUGGACAGAACUGGACAACACUAUACACCCAUGUGGAUGACUGCAGCUUGAAUGAGCCAGGAUCCACAGCAACCUGGCCCCUUGAUCUUCCAAAAGAUGAGAAGCAGGGUUGGCGACAUAUUCGGAUUAAACAAAUGGGUAAAAAUGCAAGUGGACAGACACACUACCUUUCCCUAUCUGGUUUUGAAUUAUAUGGGACAGUGUCUGGUGUGUGUGAAGAUCAGCUUGGUAAGGCAGCUAAGGAAGCAGAAGCCAACUUAAGGAGGCAGAGGCGCCUGGUGCGUUCUCAGGUUUUGAAGUAUAUGGUGCCAGGUGCACGUGUAGUUAGAGGCAUCGAUUGGAAAUGGCGAGAUCAGGAUGGCAAUCCACCAGGCGAGGGCACUAUCACAGGAGAACUGCAUAAUGGCUGGAUUGAUGUCACCUGGGAUGCUGGUGGCUCUAACUCUUACCGUAUGGGCGCAGAAGGAAAGUUUGACCUCAAGCUUGCACCAGGGUACGACCCUGAUUCAGCGCCAUCACCCAAACCUGUUUCAUCCACUGUUUCAGGCACAGCGCAGGCAUGGAGCAGCUUGGUGAAAAACAACUGCCCAGACAAGAUGGCGGCCACUGCACCGGGCUCCUCCAGUCGAAAAGGAAGCAGCAGUUCUGUGUGUAGCGUGGCUAGUAGCAGCGAUAUAAGCUUGAGUUCAUCUAAAAUGGAACGCAGAUCUGAAAGCGUGUUGGAACAGACUACUGUUACUGGUACAGACAGUCAUGAACCCAUUGUUGUCCUUUCUGCUUCGGAUAUUUUGCCCCAAGGAGGAGCAGGAUCAACUUCUAGUGCCAGUACUAGCACAUUAACUGCAGACACAGCAAGUGAAAAUGCUGACAGGAAGUCUGGUCCUGAGGUUUCAAUGCGUAAUUCUGGAGAAUCGGGGGCAAUAUCAAUGGGUAUUGUUAGCGUGAGCUCUCCUGACGUGAGUUCAGUAGCGGAGUCAUCAAACAAGGAAGUAGCUUCACAACGACCUCUGAGCUCUUCAGCAAGUAACAGACUUUCAGUAAGCUCCCUAUUGGCUGCUGGCGCACCCAUGAGUUCAAGUGCCAGUGUACCCAAUCUGUCUUCAAGGGAAGCCUCCAGUCUAAUGGAAUCCUUUGUGCGACGAGUUGCAAAUAUUGCACGCACCAAUGCCACAAACAACAUGAACUUAAGCCGCAGUAGCAGUGAUAACAACACUAAUACAUUGGGACGAAAUGUAAUGAGUACUGCAACAUCUCCUCUCAUGGGUGCCCAGAGUUUCCCAAAUCUUACAACUACUGGUACCACAUCAACUGUCACCAUGUCUACUUCCAGUGUCACCAGCAGUAACAAUGUAGCCACAGCAACCACAGGUCUAUCUGUUGGUCAGACACUCAGUAAUACUUUAACAACAAGCCUGACAUCCACUUCCAGUGAAAGUGAUACUGGUCAAGAAGCAGAAUUUUCUUUAUAUGAUUUCCUGGACAGCUGUCGUGCUAGUACAUUAUUGGCUGAACUUGAAGAUGAUGAAGAUUUGCCUGAACCAGAUGAGGAGGAUGAUGAAAAUGAAGAUGACAAUCAAGAAGACCAAGAAUAUGAAGAAGUAAUGGAAGAAGAGGAAUAUGAAACAAAAGGAGGGCGUCGUAGAACAUGGGAUGAUGAUUUUGUUCUGAAAAGGCAGUUCUCUGCCUUAGUACCUGCUUUUGAUCCACGCCCUGGUCGUACAAAUGUACAGCAAACAACUGACCUUGAGAUUCCACCCCCAGGAACACCUCAGUCAGAGUUGCUGGAAGAAGUGGAAUGUGCUGCUUCACCAAGAUUGGCGCUGACUCUUAAAGUAGCAGGGUUGGGAACAUCUCGUGAAGUGGAAUUGCCACUCUCAAACUACAGAGCAACCAUUUUCUACUACGUGCAGAAACUCUUGCAGCUUUCCUGCAAUGGAAGUAUAAAAUCUGAUAAACUUAGGCGCAUUUGGGAGCCAACAUACACGAUUAUGUACAGAGAGAUGAAAGAUUCUGAUAGAGAGAGAGGAGAAAAUGGAAAAUUGGGCUGCUGGUCUGUAGAGCAUGUGGAACAAUACCUUGGCACUGAUGAAUUACCAAAGAAUGACUUGAUAACCUACCUACAGAAGAAUGCAGAUUCAGCUUUCCUGCGGCACUGGAAAUUAACCGGCACUAAUAAAAGUAUUAGGAAAAAUAGAAAUUGUUCUCAGCUCAUUGCUGCAUACAAGGAGUUUUGUGAGCACGGAUCAAAGUCAUCUGGACUAAGACACGGGUCCAUAUCAUCUUUGCACAGUUGUGAGAUUCUGAGUGGAGCACGAGAGCAGCCGCAAGCAAAGGCUGGGAGUGGACAGACUGCUUGUGGUGUGGAAGAUGUUCUGCAAUUACUUCGAAUUCUCUACAUUGUUGCUAGUGAUCCAUACUCAACAUGGCGAAGCCAGGAAGAAAUGGAUGGUCAACUUCAGUUCAAUGUUUCACCAGAGGAAUUUACGAGCAAAAAAGUCACCACAAAAAUCUUGCAACAGAUUGAGGAACCUUUGGCUUUGGCUAGUAGUGCAUUGCCAGAUUGGUGUGAGCAGCUGACCAGCAAAUGUCCAUUCUUAAUUCCUUUUGAAACUAGGCAACUGUACUUCACUUGCACAGCAUUCGGUGCUUCAAGGGCAAUAGUCUGGCUGCAGAAUAGGCGUGAGGCCACCAUAGAACGAACCCGAACAACCACAGCAGUGAGACGUGAUGAUCCAGGAGAAUUUAGAGUCGGCAGAUUAAAACAUGAGCGGGUUAAGGUUCCUCGAGGUGAUAAAUUAAUGGAAUGGGCGGAAAAUGUCAUGCAGAUUCAUGCUGAUAGGAAGUCUGUUUUAGAGGUUGAAUUUUUAGGUGAAGAAGGGACUGGUCUUGGCCCUACUUUAGAGUUUUAUGCACUUGUAGCUGCAGAGUUUCAAAAGAAAGAACUUGGAAUUUGGUUGUGCGAUGAUGAUUUUCCUGAUGAUGAAUCACGACAGGUCGAUUUGGGAGGUGGACUGAAGCCACCAGGAUAUUAUGUACAGCGAUCUUGUGGACUGUUUUCUGCAGCAUUCCCACAGGAUAGUGAGGAAAUGGACAGAAUAACCAAACUUUUCCAUUUCCUUGGAAUUUUCUUAGCCAAAUGUGUUCAGGACAACAGACUGGUGGACAUUCCAAUUUCUAAACCUUUCUUUAAACUCAUGUGUAUGGGAGACAUCAAAAGCAAUAUGAGUAAAUUGUUACACGAAUAUGGGAGCCGGGUAGAUGGUGACUUGCAUUAUACUGAAAGCCAAUCUGAAGCUUCAACUGAGGAAGGCCAUGAUUCUAUAUCUGUUGGAAGCUUUGAUGAGGACUCCAAAUCAGAAUUUAUUCUUGAUCCUCCUAAACCCAAACCUCCUGGUUGGUUCCAUGGAAUCUUAACUUGGGAGGAUUUUGAAUUUGUAAAUCCACACAGAGCCAGGUUCUUGAAAGAAAUAAAAGAACUUUCUGUGAAAAGACGGCAGAUACUAAGCAACAGGGCUCUUUCAGAAGAUGAAAAAAACACUCAGCUCCAAGAGCUUACUUUGAAGAAUCGGUCAGGAUCAGGACCACCACUUGGCAUAGAGGAUUUGGGGCUGAACUUCCAGUUUUGUCCUUCAUCCAAAGUACAUGGGUUUACAGCUGUUGAUCUAAAGCCUAAUGGUGAUGAUGAGAUGGUAACAAUAGACAAUGCUGAAGAGUAUGUUGAAUUGAUGUUUGACUUCUGUAUGCACACUGGAAUACAAAAGCAGAUGGAUGCUUUCAGAGAUGGGUUCAACCGUGUCUUUCCUAUGGAAAAGCUGAGUUCUUUCAGCCAUGAAGAAGUUCAAAUGAUCCUUUGUGGAAAUCAGUCACCUUCUUGGACUGCAGAGGACAUAAUUAACUAUACUGAACCCAAAUUGGGUUACACCCGUGAUAGUCCGGGAUUUAUCCGAUUUGUGAGGGUGCUUUGUGGUAUGUCAUCUGAUGAAAGGAAAGCAUUUUUGCAGUUUACCACAGGAUGUUCCACACUCCCACCAGGUGGACUUGCCAAUCUUCACCCGCGACUUACUAUUGUACGCAAGGUUGAUGCAACAGAUGCAAGUUAUCCAUCAGUGAACACGUGCGUGCACUACCUUAAAUUACCCGAAUAUUCCUCUGAAGAAAUCAUGAGAGAACGUUUGCUAGCUGCUACAAUGGAAAAAGGAUUUCAUCUUAAUUGAGCUGAUCAUUGGUGGAUAGUGAACAGACACUAAACUGAAACUUAAAUAAAAGCCUCUUGUGUUUGUGUGGAAAAAGAUGUUGACCUCCGGCUGUGCUCUGAUACAGCAUGCCUUUUUGAGGCUUUAGAGUUUAAAAAAACAUAAUGAGUAACUGUUAGCUGCUAAUGUUUUGGCAGGAACAAAAUUCUCCUGUUAAUAAUUACACAGCCAGCAAAUAAAAAUGGCACAGAGCACUGUGUGCUGCUUCAAGGGCUUAAGAGGCUGAAAGUGGAACAGUUUCUCUAUGUUCCCAAGGGCAGUUUUUUGGUCACAUUUUCAGUGUUUAAUUUUUUGACAAUGCACUGUGUCAUAUUUUGUUUUAAUACUCACAGCAAUUGGUACCUGGGUUCACUAAGAAUGCCACAUUUGAUCUCUUUUGCUGGCCUAAUGCUAUUGGCCAAGAAACUGCUUGAGUAGAAUUGUAAUGUAGAGAGUGAAUGGGCACUUCCCCCAAAAUAUUUUCUGUUUACUAGUGCCUGCACUGUUUAUUGGAGUAUUAAAGUUUUACUUGCUCUCAGUUUUGUAAAACAAUCAUGAAUAAGCUUCAUUCCCCACCCCAUUUUUUUUGGUGUAUGUUUUCAUUCUUGAAUGCCCUGCUCUGAAGAUCAAAUCCUUGAAUGCAUUUGUGCAAUUUUACAGUAAAGCUAGAAACACUGGUUCUAGGUGCAAGGCACAAUUUGAAGCAAGCUAAGCUUUUCUCUGUAUUUCUUUGUAUAUUAUAAACAUUUAUUUAACUCAAGUUGCAGUUUCAAGUUAUACAAACUAUUUUCAAAGGUGUAUGCUCAAAUAAUCAUUA